AUGUCACGUUACACGCUAAAGGAGCUUCAAACAAGGGAGGAACUCGACGCAGUAGUAGAUGUUAUCUUCAAAGCUCAAUAUUCUCCUUACAUGCCAUCGAGCUCUAUCUUUUUUCCCGUGUCUGGCUACUCGUUGGAGGACCGGGCUGCAGGGAUCGCUGCGUCACAAGAACGGUUGUGGAAAGAGCAUUUGGCCGCGGAUCCUGCAACCAACCAUUGGAUAAUUGUUAAAGAAAAUGCAAGCUCGAAAAUUGUCGGUGGUUGUUUGUGGAAAUGGCAUGACGGAAAUCCAUUCCCAGACGGUAUUCCAAAGCCAAACGUUUACUGGUGGCCAGAAGGAGAGGCCAAGGAGUUUUGUGAAGAAAUGAUAAGACAAUCCAUGACGCCAAGGAGCUUAUGGAUGCAUGGUAAGAAUGCUGAAGGUUUCAUUGAGGCCAAUGAGCUCGGCAGGCGCUUGUACGAGAAGUGGGGAUAUCGAGUUGUGAUGAAACUCGAUUUAUUCAUUCCUUCCAACAAGUCAGACUUGUGGAACAAGCUCGCACAUGAACUCAAGAUGCCUCCUUGGUAUGCAAUGUGGCGACCGCUUGGUGGUGUCACGAAAGAUGGUCAACGGAAUCGACCAUGGCAGCCUCUUUGA